UUGAAGACGAGUCGCAGUCGCAAGCGAAGCCGGCAAGUUGUCAAUUUGUGUUUGUGUGUGUGUGCGAGAGGAAUUUCAACAGUGGGUGUGAAAUGUGAAACGAGCUUUUGCGUUUUAAGCCGAGAAACCAACAAACAAAUAUAUAAACAAUAACAACAAAACAAAUAAAACGAAAUUAGUCAAGCUCGUUGUUCACUUUAAUUAAAUUAAAUGCACAAGCAAAGAGCAUAAGCCAAAGUUUAAACAUUGAACAAAUGAAAGUUUCGCUAUUGGUUUUAACUGUAAAUGGGCCACAACAGCGCCUUUAAUUGAUCCGAAAAAAAAGAAAGUCUGACGAAGCGCAUUACACAAACGCGCCAACAUCAAUAACGGACAAUUGGAGGAGACCUGAGCUAACAUUUUGCCACAAACAGCACAUACUAACAGCAACAUGACGCACGUUGCAAGAGUAAUCUUUGCCUGCUGCCUUCUCAGCGCUCUGACCAUCCAAAUGAGCUCAGCCUCGGCUAUACCUAUUUGGGAGUUUUUGUCGCGCAAUGAAAAGAUGUCUUACCUAUACUCGACGUUCGCCCAACUGGUUAGCGUGCAUUGCAAGUCAACGGUGGGCGGUGGCCUCCCAGUAAACCAGUGCAAGCACAAUCUGCUUGGUUAUGGCUAUGAGAAAUUGCAAACAUUCUCCGAUGCGCAACUGGAGUCACUUGAUCCGUAUCAGCGUGAUGCCAAUGAGCUGAUCUGGUCAUCGAUUAUGCGGGAUCAUCCCAGCGCUACAUUGAUAACCACACGCAAACCACAAGCUGCAUUGCCCACGCCUCCAGCCUCCUCGCUAAUCAUACUCACCCAUCAGCAGCCACCGCAGCAGAAUCCACUUUUUGAUGGCAGCAACAGUGGCAGCAGCAGCGAGCACAAGCACAAAUAUGCCAUGGAUAUGGACAUGUCCUAUGGCUAUGGCAGCGAACAGAGUCCGGGUGUUCAGCAGUCAAGCGAGCUGCCUGUUGCCGCCGCCCUAACAGCUGAGCCACCACAAACAUAUCUAAGUGGACCACUGGUCAUUCGCCUGCGUCCCGACGGCACACCUGUUGAGGAGGAUAAAAAUCGUCCGCUGCCGCGUGACGAUGAUCUGGAAACCUAUCGCCUGUCAAACAGUGGCAACAUCCCACGUCCCAACAGACAUCGCAAGAUUGCUACCAUUAGUGCACUCAAGCAGCAACACUUUGCGGCCAUUGCUCUGCAGAGAGAGCUGCAACCACCUCAUCCUCACCAAGUGCGACGUCAGUUCCGCCAGACACAGUCGCAAUCCCAGCCCCAGCCCCAUCUCCAGCCCCUCGUCAGCUCUGGCUACUACUACGGCAAGGGGCAGGCGUAAAUGCCAGUCACAAGCUGGCAUUGAUUUUUACUAGAUUAUAGGAUAAACUUAAGUAUAAUGAUUGAGUGUGUCAGGUGGCUGAAAGAGAUUUGAAUGUGAUAUUGAUAUUGGUCGUGCAUGAGGCAUCUUUUUUGAACUAUGUAAAUGGUUUCGAUGCACUUGAGCUUUAAUUGAAUUUCGUAUUUGUACAAUUUAUAUAACAACGUUUAAGUUUUCUAUAAUUUUAUUUAUUCGUGUGCAUUAGUUAUAAGCUGAAAUAGAGAUUCUUACAAAAUAAAAUUUUAUAUUUUAUAUUUUUA